GGUUGCUUGCCAACCGCCAUAAAAACAAAUGAAGAAGAAGAAGGAGGAGGAAGAAGGAGACUUGAGCAGGACGCUAAUAAGUCAGUCUUAUUAUUUUUUCUCCAGUUUGAAAUAUUUACGUCGUAUAAAAUACACAUUUGAUGUUUUAUCCAAGGAUAUAUUCGUCUCGAUGCGCUAGAAGCACUGUGCCACUUCUCGUGCUAUCUUUGCUUGUCAGCUAGCUUAGCUCGCUCGUUAGCUUAGCUUGUUAGCUGCUAACAGAAGACACAUAAGUUAUCAACACAUCGCUAAGUAAAGAUCAAGUGUGAGAGUAAAGUCUUGUGAUUGUGUGAAAAUGUCUACAUUACAACUGUUGAGAGCGUUGGUGGAUCAGCGACUAACUGCUGCCGUUGAAGAAAUAUUUGUAGUGUUGGAAAGAACGAUAGCAGAAUACGAGGCGGAACUUUCUAGAACAAAGGAGGAAAACAAUCAACUACUGGACGCUGUUUUCAAGCAACAUGAAGUUGUGUUACACGGAACAGACCUCGCUGAAGGACAUCUUUCUCAUGAGCAGGAAGAAGAGCCACAGUCCCACCACAUUAAAGAGGAAGAAGAGGAACAAGAUAACCUGCUGACUCCUAGCAAUGCAGAGGAAAAGGAGGACCCACUGAACCCCUACUUUAAAGAGGAAAAGGAGGACCCACUGAACCCCUACUUUAAAGAGGAAGAGGAAGACCAAGAGCCUCCACACAUUAAAGAGGAAGAGGAAGAACACCGCAUCAGUCAGCCUAAAUGGUUGGAGGAGUUCCCAGUGACUGGUGUCCCUGUGAAGAGUGAAGAUGAUGAGGUCAAAGGUGAAAGUGAGGAGGAGAGAGAAGUGGAGCCUCCAAGCAGCAGCUCAACACAACACAUGACAACAGAAGCUGAUGGAGACCACUGUGGAGGAUCACAAGUAGACAAGCUCUUAGCUCCACUAUCAGAUAGUGAGGACACAACGUCACACUCUCCUGACACUGAUGAUGAAGACUCUAAAGAUGAUAAGACAUGUCACACUGACAACACUCACUUGACAUGUUCUCACUGUGACAAAACCUUUAAAUACAAUUGUCAUCUGAAAACACACAUGAGAACACACACUGGAGAAAAACCUUUUAUAUGUUCAAUCUGUAGUAAAGGUUUUGUAGAAAAUCGCUAUUUGAAACUACACAUGAGAACACACACUGGAGAAAACCCUUUAUCUGUUCAAUACAUGGUAGGGGGUUUUACACAGAGUCAGAGUUUAAAAAAACACACAAUGUCACACACUGGAGAAAAAUCGUUUCUAUGUUUAAUCUGUAGUAAAAGGUUUGUAGAAAGUCGCAAUUUGAAAGUACACAUGAGAAUACACACUGGUGAAAAACCUUUUAUCUGUUCUAUCUGUGGUAAAGGUUUUAGAGAAAGUCAGAGUUUGAAAGUGCACAAGAGAACGCACACUGGUGAGAAACCAUUCACAUGUUCAAUCUGCAACAGAAGCUUUUGUGACCGAUCAAACUUUGUAAGACACAUGGGAACACACCCAGGAGAGAAAGUGUUGAGUUGCAGUGUGUGUGGUGAAAGAUUCUCUUCUAAGUACCAGUGUAAGAAACACAAGUGUGCUGGUGAGAACAGCAGCAGCAAAUGAAACUGCAGGAUUUUAAAUAAACUGUCAAGACUUAAAUUUUGACUUUCUAACAA